AUUCAGAGAUUUUCGGAAUUAUAAAUUGUUUAAAAAAGAGUAAUGCAUAUGUAUAGGACAAGGACUCUCAAUCCUAAGAAAGUUUAAGAAAUAUUUAAGGCAUGCGUUUUAAUCCUGAGAGUGGUGAUCUAAACAUGUUUGAAAUACAGUUGAAAUACUUCCCCAACUCGAUGCAUUCGCAAAUAUGGGAACGAUAAGCUGAACAACUUUUACAACUUCGUUAGAUUAACAAUUGAUUCUGAUAGAGUUGCCAUCAAACAAAAUCGAUUAACAAAGUAGAUUUUCAAGGUCACGUCACCCGAAUAGAUACGUACUUUAUGUGCAAGAAUGAAUACUGCACGACAUGCACAUUUUCGACUCUGUUAACUCGGACCGUCUCGGUUUAAGGAGCAAAAAAGUUUCAAAGAGUCAACGUUUGGCAAAAAUAUAUUAAAAGCAAUUUAGUAUUACAAAAAGUAAUAAAGUAUUGCAGUCGUUACAUAAAAUAUGCAUUUAUAGGUAAUAGUUUCGUGUUCAUUGGCAAGUUAAAGUGAUUUUAGCACCUGAUUGACAUUCAUAAAAUGCUCAUAAAUUAAAUAAUCUUAUCAUCAGUAUAUGGGCAAUAUCGCACUUGAGUGCCUGAAUACCUGCCUAUAAACAGGGCAUAAACCAUACAAGAAAGGUGCACAAUUCAUUCAAUAUUUACUAAUUUUUCACUGUGAAAGCGCUUAUCAAACAACAUUUUAAUUAUCAAAUAUUUCAAAUUGCCUUACGUGCGGCAUAGUUAUCGCAUUUAGCAGCGAACGUGAAGAGUUUUUAUUUAUUUUUGAUCGGAUUUCAGUAGUUUCCUUCAAUUGCUUCAUCAAUAAGCACAGUUAAGUGUCGCUGAGUUGUGUAAAUUUCAAAUUAAUUAAAAUAAUUAACUAUUAAAUUUCAAGAUGAAUUACGUUAUUUACUUUGUUAUUAUUAUCAUAAUAAUUCUGCUCUAUCAAUUUCUCGUGGUAACUCUACGCAUGUUUGCCGCAAUGCGUAUACAAAAUCGUCUCGAACGUGAUCGCCAAGGCAACAUCUUCACAAUCGCCAAUGAGAGCUCCAGCAAUCCGUUACCACAUCGUUGUACAGAUUUCUUCUAUGUUGAACCGAGCUCCGAGGAUGCGGCCCGCAUUCGAGCCCAACUGGAGAAGGAUGAAAAGGAUUUACCCACCUACGAAGAGGUAAUGGCUAUGAGCGCGGCUCAGGCGGCGGCCGGCACUUUAUCGCCACCGCCUACUACCGCCUCGUCAACCACCAUUGCCAUUACGGAUGCGACAGUUCCGCCUUACUCGGAAAUCGAUCGGAAUACGACGCGCGCUGCGCCACUAACCUUGGAAAGUGGCGCAACUGCGUGGCCAAUAGGAAACGAAACAGCGCCAUCUCACGGUGCAGGAGCAGCAUCCACAUCACGUGCGGCCGCUGCCGCCGCUACAAGUGCACCAGCUACAACUACAGUGGUGACCAUCGCCAAUUCGGUAUCCAAUACGAGCGUGUGAUACACUCCACUGCAUUCAACAGGCAUCUGGCAUACGGAUGUAUACUGUAUUGGUCUUCAUAUGUAUGGCUAUAUAGUGUUUUGCGGUGCUACAAACGAAACAUUAUAUUAACUAUUACAUGCUAGUGAUUUCAUUAAGAUUACGCAUUUAAAUGUAUUUCAUAUGUACAUACACACAUACCGACAUAUUAGUGAGUGUUAUGUUAUUUUCGGUGCCGCUAGGGUUAUGCCCUGCCCUGCACUAUUUAUCUAGUUUCUAUUUUGUGUAAAUUAAUCUUUAUUUCAUAAGAAAACUUAUUAUAAAAAGUGUGCGUAAUUAAAUUAGCUUUACAACAAACAUAAAACCGUAAAUAAUUGUUAUUUAUAGAGAGUGCAAGAGAACGAGUACUCUUCUACAUUUAAAUCGAACACAGGUGAUCUUUUAUUGUAAAUAAAUAAUCUAAAUAAAAUUUUAGCAUAAGUGAUUGUAAAUCGAAAGCUUUAAAAAUAUAUGUAACUUAACAAUUAAUCAAAAUA